UUUACCUGUACAAUUUAAUAAUGAUGAAACAAGUUGAUAAAUGCUUUCGAAUGUUUUGAAGGUCGAAAAAUGGAAUCCGCACAAGCACGUGUUCAAAAUGCCGCUACUUCGAUGUACGAAGAGCUUGACAGGACAGUCUUGCGAAAAAUGCAGGGUGACAUGUUUAAAUGUGGUGCCAAAUGUUGUGAGAAUACAUCUGGAUCUGUUGAAGAAGUACAGAGAUGUAUAGAAAGAUGUGCAGAACCAUUGACCAAAUGUCAGACCUACAUACAAAAUGAAAUGCAGCAGUUCCAGGACAGAUUACAGAGGGGUGCAUUAGAUUGUCAAGAUAAAGCUAAAGAUCAAAUGGGACCAUCUUCAACAGAUGCAGAUAUAUCUAAAGCUAAAGCUGGCAUGGAAAAAUGUGUAGUGGACUGUGCUGACAACCAUAUAAAGAUGUUGCCUAAUAUGUUAAAGAAAAUGAAAGACAGUAUAACAAAGGGAGUGUACUCUUGAUGACACUAUUUGAUGUUCCUAUUAGCAUUAGGUUCUGAUAUAUAUUGUGUGUCUUGACUGUUGAUACAUUUUUAUGCUGAAGUUUUGAAAGAUAAGAAUAGUGCAAAUAGUUGAUGUAUAUGUAUGCAUACUUCUAUUAUGAAACAGUGAAUUGUAAUAUUAAAUGACAUAGAAUUUAUUAUGUUUUGGUUUUAGAAAAAUAUUUCUCUAAUUCUAUGGAAAUUUAUCCCUUUCCGAACCCAUUGUAUAAAAAAAUUUAAUCAACGUGUGGUUGCCGGUGAUCUCAAAAGAUCAUUGGAUGAUUUUAAGGGUCAUAACCUUUUUAGCUAACUGGAUGAAUCAAAAUAUGCUAACAGGUGUUAAUGAAAUUCUCGAAGGGGAUUUUCGUUUAACAAAAAAAGAAAAUUUAUUUUUUAAUCAUUAGAGAAACAGAUUCUUACAUAGUUACUCGUGGAUUAUCGGAUUUAUCCAAUCUCGAUAGUUAAAUUAUAAAUUUGAAAGUUCUCGCCAAGGCUCGGACUUUAAAAUUGAUAAUUUAACUAUCUCGAUUGGAUAAAUCCCAUAAUCCACUGGUAUCAAUGUAAGAAUCUAUAUACACACAAUAUCCUCUUUGAUAUAUUUAGUCAUUUACUGAAAAAUACAUUUAAAAAGUGAUCUUACCUAAACCAUACAUGUAGAAUGCAGUAGAUUUAUACCUUUUUCAGCAAAAGUCUAAUAAACUAAUUAUUUGAUUCUUAUAUACAUUUUUACUUGAUUUUUCUAAUAAUGUUUGAAGAUAUUUUUGUUUUAUAUUAAUAUUACCAAGAUCAA